GAGGACGAUGGUGGGGGCCGGUGGCGUCCCCCCCCGGGCGGCGCUCUGGCUCCCCCUGCUGGCCGUGACCUCAGUGGUGUCGCCUCUGAACCCCGACGACCCCAACGUGUGCAGCCACUGGGAGAGCUACGCCGUGACGGUGCAGGAGUCCUUCGCUCAUCCCUUCGACCAGGUUUACUACACCCGCUGCACCGACAUCCUCACCUGGUUCAAGUGCACCAGGCACAGGAUCAGCUAUAAGACGGCCUACAGGAGGGGGGUUCGGACCAUGUACAGACGACGCUCGCAGUGCUGCCCCGGAUUUUACGAGACUGGAGAUCUGUGUGUCCCUCUCUGUACUGAGGAGUGUGUCCACGGUCGGUGUGUGUCUCCGGAGACCUGCCAGUGUGAGCCCGGCUGGGGAGGCCUGGACUGCUCCAGCGGCUGUGACAGCGACUCCUGGGGUCCUCACUGCAGCCGCCGCUGCCAGUGCCUGAACGGCGCCCGCUGCAACCCCAUCACGGGCGCCUGCGUCUGUCCUGCCGGCUUCCAGGGCUGGCGCUGCGAGGACGCCUGUGGCGCCGGCCUCUACGGCAAGGACUGCCUGCUGGAGUGCCGCUGCCUCAACGGCGCCACCUGCCACCACCGCACCGGCGAGUGCCUGUGCGCGCCCGGAUACACCGGAGCCGUCUGCGAGGAGCCGUGUCCGCCGGGGAAACACGGACCGCAGUGUGAGCACCGCUGCCCCUGCCAGAACGGAGGAACCUGCCACCACGUCACCGGAGAAUGCUCCUGCCCCGAAGGAUGGAUGGGUCCGGUCUGUGCCCAGCCGUGUCCGUCCGGCCUGUUUGGGAUCAACUGCUCGGAGCAGUGCACGUGUCGGAACGGCGGCCUGUGCGACCACGUCAGCGGCCAGUGCCAGUGCAGCGCCGGUUUCAUCGGAGAGAGGUGCCAGGACGAGUGUCCCGUGGGGCUGUUCGGUCCUCAGUGCUCGCUGCGCUGCUCCUGCCUGAACGGGGCCCGGUGCCUCCAGACCAGCGGGGUCUGUCUCUGCCAGCCGGGCUUCCAGGGCCCCGGCUGCCAGGACCGGGUCUGUCCCGAGGACCGCUACGGCCCGGCCUGCGACAGACCCUGUCCCUGCAGGCCCGACAGCACGCUCAGCUGCCACCCCCUCUCCGGGGCCUGCUCCUGCGCCGCCGGCUGGGCGGGGCUCUCCUGUAACGAGUCGUGUCCGGCCGGCUUCUACGGAGAAAACUGCAGAGAGGAAUGUUCCUGCAGGAACGGAGCCGACUGCGACGGCGUCACCGGGGCCUGCACCUGCUCCCCGGGGUACCUGGGGGAGGACUGCUCCCUCCUCUGUCCAGCUGGUCUCUUCGGGGUGAACUGCUCCUCCGCCUGCUCCUGUCAGAACCUGCUGUCCUGCUCCCAUGUGGACGGUUCCUGUUCCUGCAGAGACGGCUGGCAGGGCGUGGACUGCUCCAUCCCGUGCUCCAGCGGGACCUGGGGUUCUGGCUGUAACCAGACCUGCCGGUGUUCUAACGGGGCCUCCUGCGAUCCCGUUAACGGAACCUGCACCUGCUCCGCCGGCUGGAGGGACGAGUUCUGCGACGUGCCGUGUCCGGAGGGCUCCUUCGGCCUGGACUGCUCCGAGCGCUGCGACUGCCUCCACUCCGACGGCUGCGACCCGGAGAGCGGCGCCUGCCGCUGCCUGGCCGGAUGGACCGGCGUGCGCUGUGACGGUGUGUGUGUCGGGGGCCGCUGGGGCCCGGACUGCUCGUCCAGCUGCAGCUGUCUGAACGGAGGCUCCUGCUCCCCGGAGGACGGCUCCUGCGUGUGCGCUCCCGGUUACCGCGGCAACAGCUGCAGACGAGCCUGUCCUGCGGGGUUCUUCGGCCAGCGCUGCAGCCAGGCCUGUCCUCAGUGCGUCCACAGCGAUGGACCCUGUCACCACGUCUCCGGACACUGCGAGUGUCUGCCCGGCUUCCACGGCUCCCUCUGCAACCAAGUUUGUCCCGCCGGACGGUUCGGGAAAUCCUGCGCCGAGACGUGUGUCUGCACCAACAACGGAACCUGCAACCCCAUCGACGGGUCCUGCCAGUGCUACCCGGGCUGGAUCGGAACCGACUGCUCCAAACCCUGUCCUCAGGGUCUCUGGGGUCCAGACUGCAUCCACACCUGUAACUGUCACAACGGCGCCGAGUGCAGCGCGACGGACGGAGAGUGUCUCUGCAGCCCGGGAUGGACGGGACUGUACUGCACCCAGCGAUGUCCCUCUGGGUUCUUCGGCUCUCAGUGUUCUGAAGUGUGUCGCUGUCAGAACGGCGCCGACUGCGAUCACGUGCACGGACUCUGUUCCUGCAGGACGGGCUUCAUCGGUCCAAGCUGUGAGCUCAAAUGCCCUGCAGGAACGUUUGGCUACGGCUGCCAGCAGCUGUGCGAGUGCCUCAACAACGCCACCUGUGACUACGUGACGGGAACCUGUUACUGCAGCGCCGGGUUCAAAGGGAUCCGCUGCGACCAGGCGGCCCUGGUGAUGGAGGAGUUGAACCCGUACACGAAGAUCGGCCCGGCGCUGGCGUCCGGGCGCCCGUCGGCCGGCGCCGUGCUGGGAGUCAUCCUCCUGCUGCUGCUCGCCGCCGCCAUGCUGGGCCUGGUGGUGUGGUUCCGGUACCGGCAGAGGGAGAAGGGGAACCCGGUCCCCAGCGUCAGCUACACCCCAGCGCUGCACCUCAACGCCGCCGACUUCUCCGUGUCAGCAGGGCUGCAGUGCACGGGCCUGCUGUCCUCGCCCGACUCCUCCCCCAGCAGCGGCUGCUUCUCCAACCCCGCCUACCGGAGCCUGGGCUGCGCUGCGCACUACGCCACGGCCGACAGGCGGAGGCCGGCCAAGAUGAAGACAAAGAAGCGACACAGGAACAGCGCCCCCGAGUGGGGAGCGUACUGCAACCUCAACCAGCUCGGUGUGUAUUGCAUCGACCGGAGGUACAGUUACCACGUGGAGCCGUACUACCGAGGUGGAGCCCGAAUGCUGCUGUCUGACCCGGUCCUGCUCUGGUUCUGACCCGGUUCUCACCUGUUCCUGUUCUGGUUCUGACCCGGUUCUGCUGCUGUUCUCCCUCUAACAGACCCUCCUUCUCCUUCACAGAGCUCCUCCUUUGUCUCCGCCUGUUUCUUGACCUUUGACCUCAAACUCCUGAAUGUUGAAGCUGGAGUUUUGUUUCCAGCAGAAACAUGAGGACUCCUCUGGAAGCAGGACUCGU